AUCUCUGACCGGAUCACUCCCACCGCAGAGAGGAUCCAGAGGGCGCAGAGUUCAGACGCCCCCGGAGAUUACCUGCAUCCCCCAUCCCAACUCGGGUACAGGGACACUGGCAGCCUUUGAAUUUGCGUCCAUUGCAAAUCUCCAUUGCUGUUUCUGAUCCAUCUGGAGAAUGUUCUCAGAGCCUCAGUUAAGGACGUGCCAUAGUCGUUGACUCUGUGAGGGAUGGAGUCAGAUGAAUCUAACAAUUCAUCAAAUUUUAAAGACCAGGAGAGGCUGAUCAUCCUGCUAUCCAGCCCUCUCUCAGCAUUCAUCAUUUUCUCCAACCUUUUCAUCAUCAUUGGGAUCGUGUUCAACAGGAAGUUACACAAUACGGCCAACUACUUCUUCCUCAGUCUGUUGUUUGCCGACUUCUUCACCGGGGUUCUCCUGCCCUGUAUCCCUCGGAUGAGGUUCAACAAGGACCUGGGUUAUAAUGGCUGUUUUCUUGCCUUCAUAUCUCCAAACUUCUUCUUUCUGUCAUUCUUGGUCAACUUGUUGAUGGUGCACUAUGAGAAGUACCUGUGCAUCAUCUACCCUUUGCACUAUCGGGAAAUAUGGGUGCACCGCUGUGUCCCUCUCUCCCUGUUCUUGGCGUGGACUUUGCCGUUGGUGUUCUCUUGCCUUCCGUUGCUGGGUUGGAAUAAUUGGGCAAACAACUGCACCUGCUCCUAUAAGCAUGUGUUCCCAAACGCUUAUAUAUACCUGGAGACGUAUGGGGUGGUCAUCCCGGCCAUCUUGGCAAUGAGCUUCAUCACCAUCAAGCUGCUUUCAGUGGCCAGGAGGCAACUGAAGGAGAUCAAGAAGCUCCACCGAUCAGUGCAGAGGGAGGUGGUGACGGAGAUGGAGCGCCAAAUGGACUUGAGAUACGCCAAGUGUAUUGCCAUCUUCUCCUUGACUUUUUUCAUCUGUUGGGUUCCUUACAUUGCUCUUCUUCAGGUCUCAGUGCUGGCCAUCGAGAAUUAUGAAAUCAGUAUAUGGAUUGUCCUGACUCUUACAUGUGUGGGGAGUGGCAGUGCUGCUGUCAUCCCCGUCAUUUUGGGAUUAAGUCACCGGCAGUACACUGAACUCUGGAGGAACCUGUGCAAAAAAUAUUGCCAGUGCUGCUGCAAGCCCAGAGGGAACCCAACAAGUCACCACCAUGACAUGAAGAGCAAGGAAGAGACUCUGGAGGAUGAAUUAACUUCUGUGGAAUGAUGACAUGGUGCCAUAUAAGACUUGACAGCUGGGUCCACUCUUAGUGCCAGGCAAUGCUUUAAGGUAGUUCCAGAGAUGGCACUCUUCACUAAUGGGUGGCACUAACUUCCAAUAUGCCAAGAUUAAGUUAUUAUCAACACAAUUGUGAAUGUUAGGUUCCUAUAUUUGGUGAUCUACUGAUGGGGACCCUCACUGGUUCCUGAACUCCUUCAGCACUGGCACCUUACCCUGUAUGCCCAACACAUCACCUUUAAGGGAGGUUUCCAUGGGGGAAAAAAACUGCUGAUUUAUUAUCUAUGUGUAACCGGUGGUGGCUCAACUCCUGCCGAUCUGUAUAAAGAAUGGACUACUGUGGCCCAAUGGCCACCAAAGCCUCUCCAAUGUCAAUCUAGGCAUGUAGGUGCAUCCAUAAAUUGGUACUGCAGCUUCGCCCCAUGCAAUUAGAAGUGUAGGUCUAGGACCCCAAUGUAAAGCCAGUCAGCACCCCUCGCCUACCAUAUGCCAUUGGUAAUAGUGGUGUCAUCUCAUGUGACAGUAGAAGUAGAAGAACGCCAGACCAUAGGAGUCAAGCGUGUGGACAACAAGGGGCGCACUUUCACAACCGGUUGUUCAAUAAAUUUAAAUUUAUUUAAUGAUGACACGUUUCGGGGUACCGCUGACCUAUCAUUAUGUGCCCCCCUGAUAGAGCUGUAACAGGGAGUAUACCUGCUUCUACCGAACAGCCCCCAACAGUGCCAAAAAGGGCUAAUAAGAAAGCACUUACUGGUUGUGGGCAGUCACAUGAUGAAUCACAUGAUGCUUCUCAGUACUGCUGAGUGGCUGGGAGAAAUCAUGUGAUGAGUGUUAUUACCAUGUGACUCCACAAACAGGAAGUUCUUCUUUUUUAGCCCUUUUUGACUAUUUUGCGGGCUAAUUAAUGGAUAUGAUUGUACACACUAUUAUAACCCUAUGAUGACAUCACACGGGUACCCUUAUUUUAAUAGGUCUAGUACAUACUUUCUAGCUGGUGUUUGCAGGAGAUUAACCACUCCCCUAUUAGGCUAGACAUGCCCAUUUCAUCAUAACCACACCCCUUUACAUGCCGUGGCGCCACCCCUUCCUCAGCGCUUUCCUGCUGGGGGUCUGAUGAUGUCACACCACUAGGGACUAGUCUUCUAGAGGAUUCCUCAGCACCUGAGAGAUUUGCCUACUUUUCCAGGAGUCUGGGAGGUCUCCCUGUGUUUAGGGAGAAUUGCUAUAGUAUAGUCUAUUAUAUUGAUAGGUAACCUUUAAAUUGGUGGCCCUUAUGAUGACAUCAUAAAGGGGGGUCUCCUGCUUGAGAUCCGCCUCCGUUAUCCACAGCCACUAACAAAUAGUGAUUUUUUUUCUGGUGGUCGCUGCUAUUAGGGAUGGAAACUGUGGCAUCUGCCCAAAGUGCCCCAGUAAGGUAUAGGAAAUGGGAUUCUCCAAAACCAGGCAGCCCCAUAUAAGGGAGCAGCUCUUGUAUGAUGGUUCUUCAGUCAGACCGUUGCAUCUAGUUGCUGAGCGAGGUACAGACUUUUCCAUCUCCUUCGUGCUUCGAUGUCCUGUCCAUGCCCUUGUGAGCAGCUGGACUCUGUCAUGGAGGGGAAUCUACAAGGUCUACAAACAAUGAAGCUACUCUGCGCGGGAUAAACAGAAGUUUCUGGAGGGAAAGACCUUCUUCCUGUUCCUUCAUUGUAUUGGGUCACUCAGGCUGUUGUGAUGUCAUCAGUGCAUUCUCUAUGUCAGGGAUGCCCAACCUGCGGACCUCCAGCUUUUGCAAAACAACAACUCCCAACAUACCCUGACAGCUGCAGAAGAGUCAAAGUGUAUCAAUCUAUGACAUAGAGUCUAUGUCAUAGAUUGAUACACUUUGACUCUUCUGCAGCUGUCAGAGUAUGUUGGGAGUUGUAGUUUUACCAAAACUAGAUGACCCGGGUUGCAGAUCAUGGUCCUAGAAAUGUUUAAUGUCAUUGUUAGCCAUUGUCUUUUGUAUUGUUUUUCCAUUUUCAUGACAACCAUUAUGUUCUGUGUGCCAAAACUUGCCAUUUUGUUACAUUUAUCAGAAUUAUUGGUUUUGUAGAUCUGUGAGAUUAUUUUUGUGGUAAAAAUGUUCUUAGAGCCUGAUUUUUUGACACCCCGCUUAAUUUCUAUUAAAUGACGGUUUAUUGCUUUAACACAACUUCUGCUUUCUAGUAUCAAUCAAUUUCCCUUGUAAAUUGGGUAAAUACUCAGAUGGAUCUGAUGAGUAACGUAAUUUGUAUGAGAUGACAGGGUGGAGAAGGU